AGUUCAACUUCCGGUUUUGUGCGCCGGAAGCCACGAAAGCGCAGGGCGCCGCCGAGUGCGAGCCGAGGUCGCAAUGAGCGGUGUCCUGUGUUCCCGGGGUGCGGGAGCGGUCCGGGCUCUGCGGCUUCUGGGCUGGGCUUCGCGAAGCCUGCACCCGCCGCCCCAUGGCGGGUCUCCAGCCCAGCCUACAGACAGGGAAGAGGAGAAAGACGACCUCAACCUCCCCAUCCAGUUUUCCUCCAGCAAAGCCACCCCAACCCGCUGGACGGUGGAGCAUUCCCUGGGGAAGGAGCAGCAGCGGCCCUUGUGGAAAGUGCUGCCGAUCACCUUCACCCUCACGAUUCUGAUCCUCUGGUGCUAUCUAAGGCAGGAGACUAGCACGGACCAGUGGUUGAGACAGGUGUUGGGAGAGGAGGAGGACGAGGAGGAGCCGGACGGUCGUCUGGAGGAGCCCGAAGCUCCGGAUUUUUACGGAGCUAGAACGUAACAGGGUUCCUGCUGAGGAAGAAAACAGGCGGCCGUCCCUCUGUUCCGUUGUCGAGUUUGGCGGUUUCUGACCUGAUUCUGUAUGCGUCUUCGAUGCUUUAAAAGGACUUUUGGAGCUGAGACGCGAGAACACAGCACGGAAAUGGAGGCUUGAAAUCUGAUCCUUGCCAGGACACCAGUGCCCAGUGAUUACGUCCAAAGGACUUUUGAGGUUCAUAGAGAAGGUUUUGGCUGCCCCGUGUGCUGUUGAGUUUGUGAUGUGUUUGUACAGCCUAAUCAUGUUUCCGGAGCAGUUCUGGUGGGGAUGUUACCUGCAGUUCAUUUGCUUUGUGACACAGAAUAACUGCAGAAGGUUCGCACUUUGUAUUAUGCCAUGGUGUGUACAACAUCAGUUGGAGCUACUUUAAAUGCUAACAGAUGCAAAAUACAUUUGUAAAGUCUAAUGAACACAAUUCUC